AUGGAAAAAUGUCAUUUUCAUAAAGACACCAUUAAAUUCUUGGGAUACAUAAUCUUUCCCAAAGGAAUUCAAUUGGAUCAAGAAAAAUUAACAGCUAUAGCAAAUUGGCAAACUCCCACUUCAUUGAAAUCAUUACAAAGAUUCCUAGGUUUCACCAACUUUUACAGGAAAUUCAUAAAUCAUUAUUCCACUAUAGUUCAGCCUCUAACCCGUUUGACUGGUAAACAAAAAUACGUAUGGGAUUCAAAGGCAGAACAAGCUUUUCAUUAUCUAAAAGAUAAGUUUACAACAGCACCCAUUUUGCGCCUACCUGAUCCUGAUCUUCCUUACACCCUAGAGGUGGAUGCCUCAAAUGUCGGAAUAGGUGCUAUACUCUUACAACCUGGAAAAGAGAAUGCACUUCUACAUCCCAUUGCUUAUUAUUCCUGA